CUGUCUCUGCACUUGGAGAGAUGAACCCCAAACUUCCCUAUGUUCUCCUGGUCGGGGCUGCAGUGAUAAUCUUCAUUCUUUCCUGCAUGCUGCUGAGCAGGGGGAGGCGAUCACCCAGCUGCGAAUCCCAGCCCCGCAUCGUGGAGAAGACAGGAUCCACGAGCCAGAGCCUGGUCUUUGCCGAUCUGACGCCCGAAGAGAUGGUGCAAGUGGUGCGGUACCUGCAGGGAAACCUUGGGGUGCAGCUGGUUGAUGCCUCGCGUGCAAAACCCUCCGACAACUGCAUCGCCUCCGUCGACCUGCAGGUCCCUGCCAAGGCGGAGGUGCUGCGGUUCCUGGAUGGUGGAGGGGCUCGCCCCCCCCGAGAGGCGCUGGCUGUGCUGUACUUUGGGAACCAGCCAGACCCCAACGUCACCGAGUACGUGGUGGGUCCGCUGCCGAUGCCGGCAUAUCACCGGGACAUCACGGUGCAGAAGUACAGGGGGAACGUGCCGUACCACCGCAGACCGAUGCUGGGGAGUGAGUACGAGCAGGUGGGAGCAUUCUUAGAGAAGGUGGCAUUUGCUGCAGCCCCAACCUUCCUGAAAGAAGUCUUUGAGUACGACAGCACCAACGUGGCGUUUCAGACCACAGCCCCUCAUGGGUUACGGUCUGGAGACCGUAAGUCCUGGUUCGUCGUGUUUCAGAACGUGAGCGGGUUCUUUGUGCACCCAGUGGGGCUGGAGGUGCUGGUGGACCACAGCAGCCUGGACAUCUCCCAGUGGGCAGUGAGCAGGGUCUUCUACAACGGGCAGUACUACAGGGACAUGGUUCAGCUGGAGAGUGCCUACGUGCAGGGUCGCAUCAGCGUGCAGAAGGUGAGGAAAGCGCCGCGGGAUGGGGACUUCUCGUCCAUGAAGCCCCGAGCACCCUUGGCUGCACUGUUCCCUUUGCAGUACGAGCCCCAGGGUCCCCGCUACAGCGUCAGGAACAACCACGUCCUCUUCCAGGCCUGGAGCUUUGCCUUUGGGAUGAGCGUGAACACAGGCCUGCGCCUGUUUGACGUCCGACACAAGGGGGAGAGGGUUGCCUAUGAAAUCAGCGUCCAAGAGGCGUUGUCGGUGUAUGGCUCCAACUGCCCUGGAGGGAUGUCAACGAGGUACAUGGAUGGGAGCUUUGGCAUUGGGCGCUACACCUCCCCCUUGGUGCGAGGGGUCGACUGCCCGUACUCGGCCACCUACAUCGACACGCACUCUCUGUCUGAGACCCUGAGGCCCAGCAAGAGAAAGGCUUCCCUCUGCAUCUUUGAGCAGAACCUGGGCUCCCCUCUGAGGCGCCACUACUCCAACUUGCAGUCUCUCUACUACGGGGGGCUGGUCAACUCUGCUCUGGUCGUUCGGUCCAUUGCGACCGUUGGCAACCACAACUACGUGUGGGACUUCAUCUUCUACCAGAACGGGGCCAUCGAAGGCAAGGUCCAGGCCACGGGGUAUGCGAGCUCAUCCUUUCUCCAUGGGGACGGUCUGAGAUACGGCAAUAGGGUUUGGGAGCACACGCUGGGUACGAUACGCACCCAUUCCAUCAACUAUAAAGUGGACUUGGAUGUGGGAGGGGUGAAAAACUCCCUGGUGGCCCACGACAUGGCGUUUGAGAUGGUGCGGGCUCCCUGGAGCCUGGAGCAGCAGAUAGAGCGGCCACGACUCACCAAGAAAGUCCUGGACACGGAGGACCAGGCUGCCUUCCGGCUCCAGUCGAAGAUGCCCAGAUACAUCUACUUCGCGGCCAACAGCAAAAACAAGUGGGGCCACCAGCGUGGUUACAGGAUCCAGAUCACCAGUUUUGCGGGGGACCAUGUCCCCGAAGCCAGCUCCAUGGAGAGGGCCAUCAGCUGGGCAAGGUACCAGCUGGCCGUCACCCGGCGGAAGGAGGAGGAGCCCACCAGCACCAGCAUCUACAACCAGAACGACCCCUGGACGCCCACCGUCGCCUUCGCUGACUUCAUCAACAACGAGACCAUCACCAACGAGGACCUGGUUGCCUGGAUAACCACUGGUUUCCUUCACAUCCCGCACUCUGAGGAUAUUCCCAACACUGUGACGGUGGGAAACUCAGUUGGCUUUCUCCUGAGACCCUACAACUACUAUGACUUGGACCCCUCCAUAUACUCACAUGAUGGCGUGUUUUUCACCAGCGAGCAAGACUUCACGGCAUGUGAAAUCAACCCUAUUGCAUGCCUGCCCAAAACUGCCUCUUGUUUGCCAAACUUCCCCCCGUUCACCUUUGAUGGUUUCCAAAAUGUAAGCAGGCUUUAACGCUACAGGACGGUGUUAGGAGACACAGUCAGAGACACCAGGUUGACUGUUCUGUCUCAGAUUUUCAGUUUUUUAGUGAAGUUGUCUCAAUUUCCCAUUGUGCAAUGGCUUCACUUUUUAUCAUUGCUUUUUAAAAUAGUGCUCUUUAAAAGGGAAGCAUAAUCUUCCUGGCAUGAUGCCAGAUGGGAAUCUACAUUAUCUCUGUUAAUUGCUGAAUUUGAGUCUGUUGCAGGAGGAAAGUGAGGAGAAAAUCCUGUUCCUCUGCUGUAGAAGCAAGCGCUGUGUAGUGUUUAUCUCAGGUUAAAAAAAUGAAAAUGGUUCUCUGGUCCAGUGC